UGUGGGGCACAGUUAACCCGCUGGUUCUUACAUUUCUGCUGUGUGUCCAUUUUUUCAGAUAACUGGAAUGAUCAGCUUUGAACAUCUGGCUCUGUGGACUAAGGCCUUUUCUUGAUUCAGCAGGGGAGUCCCCUAAGAAACUAACCUCCAUAAUUUCUUCACUUCCUCUCCUUAUAGGGACGGAAUAGAAUUCCUGAGCCACCUGCCUGCCCACGUCACUGCAGCUCCCUGGUCUUGGUUCAGAGGAGAUGGAAAAGGGAAAUCACUCAACGGUGACUGAGUUCAUUCUCUCAGGACUGACAGAUCGUCCGGAGCUUCAGGUCCCUCUCUUUGUGUUGUUCCUAGUGAUCUACAUUGUCACCCUGGUAGGGAAUCUGGGGAUGAUCGUGUUAAUCAAGAUUGACUCCUGUCUCCACACCCCCAUGUACUUUUUCCUCGGUAAUUUGUCUUUCUCUGAUCUGUGCUAUUCCUCAAUAAUUUCCCCUAGGAUGCUGCUGAACUUCUUAGCCGAGAGUAAAAGGAUUUCGUACCAUGCCUGCGCUAUGCAAAUGUAUCUCUUUAGUACUUUCGGUCAUGUAGAUUGCCUCCUGCUGGCUGUGAUGGCAUACGACCGUUAUGUGGCCAUCUGUUACCCGCUUCUCUAUACAGUCACCAUGUCCCGAUGGCUCUGUCAUCAGCUGGUGGCUGGGGUGUAUGCCGUGGGCUUGCUGGACUCAAUGGUACACACCGUUUUUACUUUUCGUUUAUCAUUCUGCAGCUCCAAUGCCAUCAAUCAUUUCCUCUGUGAUGUUCCGCCGGUAUUGUCGCUCUCUUGUUCCGACACACGCGUCAAUGAGAUUGUGAUGUUUGCCUUGAUUGGCUGCGUGGUGGUGAGCAGCAUUGUGAUCAUUCUCCUCUCCUACGCAUAUAUCAUCAUCACCAUCCUGCGGAUCCACUCCGCCGAGGGCAGGCGCAAAGCCUUCUCCACCUGUACCUCCCACCUGACAGCCGUGGCCAUGUUCCAUGGCUCCCUCCUCUUCAUGUAUUUCCGACCCUCCACCAGUUACUCCCUGGACACUGACAAAAUAGCCUCUGUGUUCUACACAGUGGUGAUCCCCAUGCUGAACCCCUUGAUCUACAGCCUGAGGAACAAGGAGGUGAAAGAUGCCCAGUGGAAAGUGAUGCACAAAUUGCUAACUUUCUCUUGAACCUGUUUACUCCAUACUGCGUUACUGAUUGGGAGGUGGAAGCAGGAGAACUCAGUUCCCGCUCCACUGCAAUCUCAUUCCUCAUCAUGCAUGUUAUCACUGAGCUUUAUUUGUAUUGUUUUUUUCUUUUAUUGUGUUCCAACAAUGUCUGGCAGCCCCAGAAAGCUUCAAGAAGGUUGUGAGGCUUUCUGGGGGAAUUCAGGAUUGUGAGUCACCCUCUCUCUUCCAUGCAUCAGUGAGCAAGUGACUUGUAGGGGCUAAAUUAUUUUUGUCAGCUCUCUGACUCGCCAGUUUGUUAACCCUCCUCCAUCCACCACGCCUCCCCCUACCCCAACCAAUCUCCUCCAAAGUUCAGCCAGCCUUUACUUUGCCUUGCAGGUCACCUCAGUUGCACUCCAAUCCUGAAAGCUCCUUGAAACUUGUUCCCGGGCAGUAUCCAGCCCCUAUCCCUGGGCUGUCACAGAAAUGACUGAGUCCACUGUCUUCAGAGAGAUAGUAUACACCCCAGCCUGCUAGAUCAGCUGAGGAUUUGCACUUUAAUAUAUUACACUGAGAUGAACUGAGAGUAAAACCAAGAAUACCUUUACUAAAAAUGAGCAGGGGUUUAAGCAAAAAUUAUAGAAACAGAAAAUGGUUGCAAAUGAAAGAAAAAGUACAAUGCAUUUUCUUGUGACUAAAACUCAACAGGCUGCAAUCCUUAUCUGAGGGCUUAUCUCCACUACUAGGUGGGUCGACGCUGCGGCGAUCGAUCCACGCCAAACGCACUCCUGUAGACUCCAGUACUCCAUCAGAACGAGAAGAGUAAGGGGAGUUGAUGGGAGAGUUUCUCUCUUUGACCCAGCCUGGUGUGGACCCAUGGUAAGUAGAUCUAAACUACUUCAACUUGAGUUAUGCUACUAACAUAACACAAAUUGCGUAGCUAAGCUUGACUUUUCCCCAUAGCAUAGUCCUGCCCUGAGACUGUUUGUCACUUAAAGGCAUCUCCUCAGUGGUACCAACCCACAUGGCUGUGGAUCCGCUGUUCAUGGACAUCUUUGUCCCCUUUAGUGAUGAAGCACAAACUGUCUUUUACCCUUCUUUUUAUAGUCCCAUAUACCUUUGAAAUGUAUUCUUGUACCUCCAGAGUUCCUCUGCCCUGCUGGUGUGUGGAUGCCUUGCUGUUUAGCUGGUUUUCUCACCCUUUUGUUAAUGGGCUUUCCAGCUGACUUCAAAUGCAAAUAUAAUUCCCAUUGUCUCUGGCCUACCCUGUUCCAUUUAUAUCGGAGACCUAGGCAGACAGAUAUGUCAAGAUGUCUGGGAAUGGCUCAAAAGUGUAAAUACCAACCCAAGGGCAGACUGUUAAGAACCAGGGCAAAAACCCCAAAUUGGAUGUGAGUUCUAGGCUUAGAUUUCAUCUACCAAUUUGCAAGUGUAAACUCCACGGACAUUACAACAGCCUUAACAUGGAAUCACAGACAGUCUCCUCGGGUACUUUAUCUAUCUUGCUACUCAUGUAAGGUAACCUUUGUGAUAGAUGGUUUCUUACACCAAAGAUCUCAGCAAUCUUAAUAUUUCUCCUAGUCCUAAAAGACCAGUGGCUUACCCCAGGUCAAUUGCACCUUAGAUCUCACACUGAAGACACCUGUAGUUAAUCCUAUAAGAAACUAUCUAAAGAUUUAUUAACUAGGAAAAAAGAAAUGAGAGUUCUUUACAAGGUUACAUCUGGUACACAUACACCCAGAUGACUUAAUCAGGUUUCAAAAGGUAGUAGAAGCGUGUAUAAUAAGCAAGCUGCAUGUAUCUUUCAGGGCUAAACCAGGCCAAGCACUGGGGAUCUUAUGCUUAGUAAUCUUUCCCCCUCAGAGUCCAAGCAGAAGAAAAGACAGUUCUUCCUUUUCAGGGGUUUUUUAUUGAUUUAUUUUUAAUUAUUAUUCUGCUUCAAGUUGCAAGUGGAGCUGUUAGGAGCAAAUCACUUGCACAUCUCUUCCGGGGGUGGGAGGGAGCCAUCAAUGAAGUAUGUUGUCCUCUGAUGUUCCAUGGCGGUUUGCGGGUGUUGAUGGGUCUCCUUUGUUGGACAGAAGAUAACAUCUCCUCUUAGAAACUAGGAGUCCGGUGACACCUUAAAGACUAACAGAUUUAUUAAGGCAUAAGCUUACCCUAAUAAAUCUGCAAAAAGAAAAGGACUACUUGU